AUGUCUCCACUGAUUUUUCCUUCUAUGGGAACAUCAACUGUGGCUGAGUUUCUCAGGCGUGGGCGUUCCAGCGUCUCACAGGCGUCCCUGGGCCCUCCCUUCAUUCCAGUCAAACACCCCUCACCUGCCCUGCAGAAGGUUCUUGUUGUCCUCCGCAGCAGCGGCCGGGGAGCGGAGGUCCUCCGGACAGACCCGGCCGCGGCUGGGAGUGUCCACUUCCCGCUGGCUCCUGCAGCCAGGCCCAGAGAUCCGAGCCACGGCACCAAAACUGAGCUGCACAAUGAGGACUUUGCAAUUCAAACUGUAAAGCAGGUGAUCCACACAGGUGAGAGGCCCCACGAGUGUCCUGAGUGUGGGAAGAGGUUUCACAGCAGCUCACAUCUCCUCCUGCACCAGCAGAUUCACACAGAGGAGAGGCCCUUCCGCUGCCCUGACUGCAGGAAGGGCUUCAAGCACAGCUCCCACCUCGUCAGGUACCAGUGCAUCCACAGGGAGAGGCCCUGCAAGUGUGGGGAAUGUGGGAAGAGCUUCAGCACAAGCUCCAGCCUGAUCUGCCACCAGAGGAUCCACACCAGGGAACAGCCCUACGAGUGUCUCCAGGGUGGGAAGAGCUUCACCCAGAGCUCUCUGACCAGACACCAACUGAUCCACACUGGGGAAUGGCCAAAUGAGUGUGGGCAAUGUGGGAAGGGCUUCAGCUGCAGCUCCCACCUGAUCCAGCACCAGGUGAUCCACACAGGUGAGAGGCCCCAUGAGUGUCCUAAGUGUGGGAAGAGGUUUCAGAGCAGCUCACAUCUCCUCCUGCACCAGCAGAUUCACACAGAGGAGAGGCCCUGCAAGUGUGGGGAAUGUGGGAAGAGCUUCAGCACAAGCUCCAGCCUGAUCUGCCACCAGAGGAUCCACACCAGGGAACAGCCCUACGAGUGUCUCCAGGGUGGGAAGAGCUUCACCCAGAGCUCUCACUUGACCACACACCAAAUGAUCCACACUGGGGAAUGGCCAAAUGAGUGUGGGGAAUGCGGGAAGGGCUUCAGCUGCAGCUCCCACCUGAUCAUCCACCAGAUGAUCCACACAGGUGAGAGGCCCCACGAGUGUCCUGAGUGUGGGAAGAGGUUUCAGAGCAGCUCACAUCUCCUCCUGCACCAGCAGAUUCAUACAGAGGAGAGGCCCUUCCUCUGCCCUGACUGCAGGAAGGGCUUCAAGCACAGCUCCCACCUCGUCAGGCACCAGUGCAUCCACACUGAGAGGCCCUGCAAGUGUGGGGAAUGUGGGAAGAGCUUCAGCACAAGCUCCAGCCUGAUCUGCCACCAGAGGAUCCACACCAGGGAACAGCCCUACGAGUGUCUCCAGAGUGGGAAGAGCUUCACCCAGAGCUCUCUGACCAGACACCAACAGAGCCACCAGUAA